AUGAAGCGGCACCAUGCAGGAUCAAAUCCUCGCACUUACCAGCUUGUAAUGGGAUGGAUUUUGAUUGCCAGUGUCUUCAUAUUGGCCCUAGUUUCUAUUUGUAUCUCCCGUUGCCGUUCUCCAGUCAGUAUUCUUCAGCUUGCAUUCUGGAAAAUGUACCUGGAGAAAGAGCAGCAGCUUUAUGAGAUCAAAGCCAAGGAACAUGCAACGAAGCUGGCAGAGAGGAAUAUCAAAUGCUUCUUUGAUUCCACAGAGCUGGAACCAUUUCACACUCCAAGCGCCAAAGCCUGGCAUGGCAUUUCUUCCUUGUUUGCCUUUAAUCCUGAAGAUCAUUACUACAGUAUGAUACAUAAAUAUGUCAGUACCAAAACCAGUAGUGGCAGUAUUAGAUCCGCAGAGGGGGAUACCUUUCCUUGUUGUUUGGAGUUUGUGGCUGGUGCUGGUGGCACUGAGGCACAAAUGAUAUGA